AUGCGCCGUCUCGCCUUCUUUGCUUCGGCUGCGAUACCGCUACUUGCAGCUGCAGAAUGUCCUGACUACUCCGAUUACUCCAAGGUGGUGCACGAACCGUUAAGCUCGGGAAAAUACAAGCUUGCCUAUCAGAGGCCCUCUGAAGACUGCCGGACCUUCAAGUCUCAGGGUGUCGAAGACACGCUGACUCGCUUCGAGAGCAUUAUCAAAGACCCUGACCUGUACCGCCUCUUCCAGAACGCGUAUCCCAAUAGCUUGGACACGGCCGUGAAAUGGAAGGGCGUCGCAGCGGACAAUGGGGAGGAGGAACUCACUUUCCUGAUCACGGGCGACAUCAAUGCCAUGUGGCUGCGUGACUCGUCGAAUCAAAUGCAAAGCUAUCUGCCAUUGUUGAACGCGAGCAGUGACCCCAAUUCCCUCGCGAGUCUAUACAGAGGUGUCAUCAAUCUGCAGGCAAGAUAUCUGCUCACGUCGCCCUACUGCAACUCGUUCCAACCCCCAGUGGAGAGCAACAUCCCGCCAGCCGAAAACCCGUCGGCGAGCAAUGACGUUGUUGUACCGGCAUACAGUAACCAGUCAGUCUUCGAGUGCAAGUACGAGCUCGAUUCGUUGGCUGCCUUCCUUGAAGUCUCUACAAACUAUUACAAUGCCACCGGAGACGCAGAGUUCUUUGGGAAGUUUCAUUGGGUGGAAGCGAUCGAGGCGGUUCUCAAGGUUGCGGAGGAGAUGACAACGCCCACAUACGGCGAAGACGGGAGGGUGCUGGACAGUCCGUAUAAGUUCAAUCGCGACACGGACCGUGCAACAGAAACCUUUGCCAACGACGGCAUCGGCAACCCCGUAGCAAACGGCACCGGACUGAUCAGGAGCGGUUUCCGCCCUAGCGAUGAUUCUACCAUCUAUCAGUUCUACAUCCCCGCCAACAUGAUGUUCAGCGCCUAUCUCAAAUCAGCUGCCGAGAUUAUGAGCAGGAUUGACAGCGGAAAGUCAGCAUCUCUUGUUACACAGAUGUCGGAGCUCUCAAGCUCGAUUCAGGAAGCUAUUGAGACCUAUGCCACGGUCACCCACCCGAAAUACGGAAAGAUCUAUGCGUUUGAGAUUGACGGCUUUGGCUCUCAGAACAUCAUGGACGAUGCAAACAUUCCAUCGCUUCUCUCCGCUCCCUUCAACACGUACCCAGUCAACGAGGAGACGUACGGCAACACGCGGGAGCUCGUGCUCAGCGCGUCGAACCCAUACUUUAUGCGCGGACCUGUGAUGAACGCAGUAGGCGGACCGCACCAAGGACCUGGGAUGGCGUGGCCCAUGGCUUCGAUUGUCAGAAUCCUGACGACUGACGAUGACGACGAGAUCGUAAGGGAGCUGGAGCAGAUUGUGAGUAGCACGGCGGGACUCGGACUGGUACACGAGAGCAUCAACAGCUUCAACGAGACAGAUUGGACACGUCAAUGGUUCAGCUGGGCAAAUGGCUUGUUUGGGCAAAUGAUUCUGGAUUUGGAGGACAGGAAGCCGGAUCUAUUGAGCACGAGCUUCCAGUGA